UGUUUGUUUCAGGUAGGCAGCAAGGCGUAGGCUAGAGGUCAUAAAGUUACUUUGGGGCUACUGUUUCCAUAAUUCACCAGUCAGUUUGGACAGUAGCCAAUCAGGAUGGGGAUACUGGAUAUUAGUCCAAAAAAGUAACUUUCCCAGUCUCUAACUGGAAGUAAGUUCUUUGUCUCUUCAGAGCACAAGAGUCAAGUCUAGUAUGCCUCCAGAAAUUCUGCACUAGGUGGAGAGCUUUUCUUUCUCAGGAGUAUGAACAGGUAAGGGCACAAGCGUAAAUUAAAAUUAUAAUACUAAAAAGAUAAGCAAUAACAUCAGGCAUCAUAGAAUGAAACCAAAUAAAAUCUAUAGGAAAGAACAAGUGGUGCGAAAAUCUAAAAGCACCAAAACAAUUUUCCAAAAUCCUUAUGAAAAGAACAUGUGCUUUACUUCGUGCUCUCUGGGGUUGGGGUUGGGGACAGACCGCAAUAGACAUCCACCCAGUGAAAAAGCCUUUCUCCCUUGUAGUCGCCCAACUUUGCCUUAUUUGGCUGAUGUGCCUGGUAGAGGUCCUCAGGUUAGGGCUUGGGUAGGUAGAGAAUGGGUGCAGAAUGUAUCAGGCAACUUGGCCCCACGUUUAGAGCUCUAAAGGCUAGAAGUGUUAUUUUGAAUUGGGUCCAGAAACUGAUGACCAUUGUACUACUGAAAUAAUACAGCACAAUUUAUAACACAUGGAAAAAAACAAAGAUAAUAUCUUCUGGGAAGUUAAUAUUUUGCAAGAGUAAUAUGUUGAGCAGAGGAAGGUCAGAGAAGUUCAGGACACCUUUGGGUUUUUUUCCCCAUCAGACUCACCUGUGGAGCUGAGAAGCCUUGAAACCAAAUGUCAGAUUAUGUAGCAAUCUCUUCCUUGCACUGCAAGAGAUCAGAAUAUCUAUGCUGGAACAAACAGAAGGGCUGCUUAGUCCAGCAUUCUCAUCAUAUGAUGGCCAACUGGAUGCUUAUGAGAAGAUCCCUGGUGUGGUUAUGUGGUUUCUGCUGUUCAAGUGGAGCACUCGAAUGCUUCAUCUGAGAAGAGAACGUUGUAGUAGCUGGACAUUGACACAAAAUUAUUGCAAGUUGGCUAUGUUCAUUGUUUAAAUGCAAAUCUGAAUUGGGAACUAGACCAGUUUUUUUCCUAUCCUCUGUUAUCCUUUGUAUCUUAAAAGCCCUAUUAGAGUUGUUAUAAGUCAGUUCUGACUCAACAGCACAUAAGACACAGAGAGAGAGAGAGCACUGUGUGAUUUGUGCUUGAAUUUAAUUGGUAUGCUGACCUAUAACAGCAGCCCAUUGUUAGCAGGGGCCAUAUGGACCCCUGGAGGCACUAGUACAUUUGAAGGCCGUUACAGGCUGGAAACAAUUCUUCACACACCACCUUAUAAGGUUUGUUAGGCAGCUUCUACAAUCCUGAUUCUGCCUGAAUUUCAUAAUUUUAUGACUGGCCAAAAAACGGUAGAGAACGGCUGGUGUAGGGUAUUGUUUACGAGAUAUCAGGCUUUGAUUAGCUAUCUAAUAAUUAACUAUGAGAGAUUUAAAUUGCUGUUUCUCUGGACAUUGGACCCAUUUGUCAAGAAUGAAUCAGAAUUGGUUCUAUCUAAACUGAUUAUGUAAUGAGUGAGACAGCAGAAUCUCUCCGCUCUGGAUGGCUUGUUUCAGUAUCCAUUUGGGGAUUAAUAUCAUUGUUUGUAACUAGGGAGUGAUGGCAGAGUUUGAUCUUUCAUCUUGGAAAUCAUAUUCUUAAUUCCUCUCCAAGACUGGAUUUCUCAGUCUUGCAACGCCUGUUUUGAGAUACACUCCUCCCCAGUGAUGAUCUGUAAGUCCCCAGUGCAGUAUCACGUUUUGGUUCUGUUUUCACAACAUUAACACAAUCUAAGUUGUGUUACGCUUAAGUUUUUUUUUUGGCCAUGCCAUGGGAACACACUGAGGAGUCGCUGAGAUAGAUGGAGCUCUGCCUGUAACAGAAUGGUGUCAUUUCAGAGUCUAGUAUUUUACUGAACUUCUGCUGAGCAAAAAGUAAUGCAGCACUGAGCCUUUAUGGAACCAUUGUUACUUUGAAAGCAAUGAUCUCCAUGAAGAAAAACUACCCACUAAUCCAGAAGCAGCUCAGUUUAUCCUAGAAUCCACUGAGAAGGAGACUAGAAGUUUUAAAAAUGCUCUGAUUUCGAAAAUAGAUGGUGCCGAGCAUCUUGAGCAGUGAAAAGAUGUCUUCACAGGCAGUAUUGUGCCAUGGUAUCAUUGGGGAAAAGGGAUUCUUUGUAUGUCCAACUAGGGUCAGAUUAUCCUGAGAAGUUGCAUUUAAGACAUCAUGUUGCUGUCCACAAUAAAUCAUGCUAUGUUCUCUCUUGCCAAGUUUUGGGGAACUCCCACUGCCUGCUGUGACCCCAGUAUCCAAGGUUCAUAAUUUUGAACUAUCAGGCUGAAUGUGCACUAGGAGUUAACGAUUAAUGCCUUGUCAUUGUGAGUCCAAUCCCAGUGGCUCUUUGUUGAACAUGUGGGACUUUUGCCCUCUUCAUUUCCCCAAAAGCUAAUCGAGCUCUUGGGCAAAGGUAGGAAGAAAGUGCCUCGCCAUGGCGGCAGCUGCCUUGGAUGAAUUCUGCGGUUCUGUUUUCUGGAACUCCUCUUUCCUGGAUCGUAACGAUGCUGACCUGCCACUCUGCUUUGAACAGACUGUUCUUGUAUGGAUCCCUUUGGGGUUCCUUUGGAUCUUUGGCCCAUGGCAGCUUCUCCCCAUGUUCAAAUCCAGGAUGAAGAAAUCAUCUGUUACUACAGUUUAUCUCUUCAAGCAGGUGCUAACUGUGCUGCUCAUAUUGAUAGCAGUAGCAGAAGAGAUUUUCACAGUUGUUGAAAUCCUAGGGCACCACCAUAACCCUGCUGUCCAGUACACGAAUCCUGCACUCUACGUUGUCACUUGGGUGCUUGUUUUGCUGAUCCAUGACAGCCGUCGCUUCACCAUGCGCAGGGACUCGUGGAUUCUCUUCCUCUUCUUCGUCCUUUCGGUCCUCUGCGGUGUGUUUCAACUUCAGACUCUCAUCCGGCAAGUGGUGCAGGGCUCUGCUACUGAUGUACCACGUUUCAUCUUCUUCACAAUCUCUUUUGUGCUUCAGCUCUUUCUGUUGUCCAUCUCUGUUAUUUCUGACAUUGCUCCUGAAAUGAAGGAGGCUGCAAAGAAAAAUCCAGAGGUCACAGCAUCUGUCCUGAGCUUCCUCACUUUCCACUGGUACAACAGCAUGGUGGUGAAGGGAUAUCGGAAGCCAUUAGAGAUGGAUGAUGUCUGGGACUUGAGGGAUGCCGAUAAGACAGAGAAGAUUUUUGGCACUUUUGACAAACACAUGAAGUCUGGGGUCAGAAAGGCCCAGCGGAAAUUGGAGAUACGUCAGCGGAAGAAGAAAAGGCACUGGGCAGCCACUGACAACCGGAAUGGCUUGAGCAAGGCGCAGAGUCAGGAUGUCUUGGUGCUGGAAGAGAAAGAGAAAAAAUGCAAGAAAAAGUCAGACAAAAAGGACUCCAAAGGGGACUAUGCUAAAAGUUGGCUGAUGUGUUCUAUGGCUCGAACCUUUAGUGGGAACCUUAUGAAAGCCGUGGUAUUUAAGGUCUUGCAAGACCUGUUGACGUUUGUGAGUCCACAGCUGCUGAAGCUGAUGAUCAACUUUGUGUCAGAUCCAAAGGCCUAUGUGUGGCACGGAUACCUCUAUGCGGUGCUGCUGUUUGUGACCGCACUGGUGCAGUCUAUCUGUUUGCAGCAGUACUUCCAGCUCUGCUUUUCACUGGGCAUGAGUGCACGCACUGUCCUUAUGGCUGCCAUCUACAAGAAGGCCCUUACAGUCUCCAAUGCCACACGGAAGGAGUCCACAGUGGGUGAGACAGUGAAUCUAAUGUCAGCAGACGCCCAGCGCUUCAUGGACUUUACAAACUUUAUGCACCAGUUGUGGUCAGCUCCACUGCAGAUAGUACUGUCUCUUGUGUUUCUGUGGACAGAGCUGGGCCCCUCUGUGCUUGCUGGGCUUGGAGUUAUGGUGCUGCUCAUCCCUAUCAAUGCUGUGCUGGUUGCCAAGGCCAGGAGCAUCCAGAUUAAAAACAUGAAAUAUAAGGAUGAGCGUCUGAAGAUCAUGAAUGAAAUUCUCGCAGGUGUCAAGAUCCUGAAGCUGUUCGCCUGGGAGCCCUCAUUUCAGAAGCGGGUUGAAAAAAUCCGAGCCCAGGAGCUGAAGGGCCUGCUGCAUUUUUCCUACCUGCAGUCCGUCGCCAUUUUCGUCUUCACGUGUGCUCCUUUCCUAGUCUCUGUGGCAAGCUUUGCUGUGUAUGUGAUGGUGGACGAGAACAACGUCUUGGAUGCACAGAAGGCCUUUACUUCGAUCUCCCUCUUCAAUAUCUUGCGCUUUCCUCUUGCCAUGCUGCCUAUGGUGCUGUCCUCCCUGGUGCAGGUCAAUGUGUCCACCGCACGGUUGGAGCGAUAUCUGGGCAGUGAAGACCUGGACACGUCAGCAAUUUGGCAUGAACCCCGGCCUGGCUGUGCUGUGCAUUUCUCUGAUGCCUCCUUUGCCUGGGAACAGAAUUCUGAGGCCACCAUUAAAGACAUAACGCUGGAAAUUCCACCUGGGCGUCUCUUGGCUGUAGUGGGGCCUGUGGGGUCAGGAAAAUCCUCACUGGUAUCAGCAAUGUUGGGUGAGAUGGAGAAUAUCAAAGGGCACAUCAAUAUCCAGGGCUCUCUGGCGUAUGUGCCUCAACAAGCAUGGAUCCAGAAUGCCACACUUAAGGACAACAUCCUUUUUGGGUCACCCCUUGAUGAGACUCGAUACCAAAAGGUCAUAAAGGCAUGUGCUCUACUCCCAGACCUGCAGCUGCUUCCAGCAGGAGACCUCACUGAGAUUGGAGAGAAGGGUAUCAACCUGAGCGGAGGCCAGAAGCAACGUGUCAGCCUGGCUAGAGCUGUUUAUAACAAUGCAGACAUUUAUGUGCUGGAUGAUCCCCUCUCUGCUGUUGAUUCCCAUGUAGGGCGACACAUUUUUAACCAAGUCCUGGGACCAGAGGGGCUAUUACAUGACAAGACCCGGAUCCUGGUGACGCAUAACCUGAACUUCCUGUCACAAGUAGAUGACAUUGUGGUGUUGGUGGAUGGAGCUAUCUCAGAACAAGGUUCUUAUAACACCUUGCUGGCAAAUGGUGAGGAAUUCGCUCAGCUGCUCAACACCUAUGGAAGCCAGCAGGAAGGCACACCUGAAGAGGAACCCACAGUGGGCCUAGAGGAGGACGUGGAACAGGAUGAUGAACCUGAAGCUGGAGCGGAAGAAGUGCCCACUGAUGUGGUGACUAUGAUCCAAAAGAGUGAGGCCAGCAUCCGGCGGAAAAACUUCAGCCGCAGCCUCAGUAGCAGCAGUAACAUGUCCCUCAAGAAGGCCCAUCAAGAAAAGCAGAAUGAGAAUCCAACAACAGAGAUAAAGGGACAGAAGCUCAUUGACAAGGAAGUCAUGGAAAUUGGCAAGGUGAAAUUCAUCAUAUAUCUGCGAUAUUUGCAAGCUGUUGGUUGGUGUCUCUCGACAAUCAUCUUAUUUUGCUACGUAGCACAAGCUGCAGCCAACGUGGGCUCCAACCUGUGGCUUAGUGAAUGGACCGGCGAUUCUUUAGUCUACCAGAAUGAGACCUAUCCAGCAGCCCUGCGUGACAAGCGGGUUGGAGUCUAUGGAGCACUCGGUGUGACCCAAGCUCUCUCCCUGCUGGCAGCAACCCUUUUUGCCGCUCAUGGUGCUGUCCGAGCUUCCCGGGUGCUGCAUGCAAGAUUGCUCAGUAACAUCCUCCAUGUGCCUAUGAGUUUCUUUGACACAACGCCUACUGGGCGCAUCAUAAACAGGUUUGCCAAGGAUAUUUUCACUGUGGAUGAGACUAUUCCAAUGUCAUUCCGCUCCUGGCUGAACUGUUUCUUGGGAAUUUUCAGUACUCUGUUGAUCAUCUGCCUGGCCACUCCUUAUUUUGCUAUUAUCAUGCUGCCUCUGGGGCUCAUCUACUACUUUGUCCAACGAUUCUAUGUGGCUACAUCCCGUCAGCUGCGUCGUUUAGAUUCUGUCACCCGGUCCCCCAUCUAUUCCCACUUCAGCGAGACAGUGACGGGUCUCUCUGUCAUCCGGGCCUAUGGCCACCAGGAUCGAUUCCUGAGACACAAUGAGAAGAUUGUGGACAUAAACCAGAAGUCUGUGUACUCUUGGAUAGUUUCUAACAGGUGGCUGGCUGUGCGCCUAGAAUUUGUGGGCAACCUGGUGGUUUUCUCUGCAGCACUACUGGCAGUCCUUGCCAAAGGUUCUUUGGACAGUGGCAUGGUGGGACUCUCCAUCUCCUCAGCUCUCAAUGUGACUCAGACAUUGAACUGGCUGGUGCGGAUGACUUCGGAGCUGGAGACCAACAUUGUGGCUGUAGAGAGAAUACAUGAGUACACAGAGGUGGCCAAUGAGGCACCAUGGGUGACAGCACAGAGACCACGCUCAGACUGGCCAAAUAAUGGAGAAAUUAAUUUCGUGGACUAUCAGGUGCGGUAUCGGCCUGAGCUGGAGCUAGUUCUUGAUGGGAUCAGCUGUGAUAUCAAGAGCACUGAGAAGAUUGGCGUUGUGGGACGCACAGGGGCUGGAAAAUCCUCGCUCACAAACUGCCUCUUCCGCAUCCUGGAGGCAGCAGGGGGAAAGAUUGUGAUUGAUGGGCUUGAUAUAGCAACACUGGGCCUUCAUGACCUGCGCCAGAAGCUCACCAUCAUCCCACAGGAUCCUGUUCUCUUUUCUGGGAGCUUACGUAUGAACUUGGACCCAUUUGAGCAACACUCAGACAACGAUGUUUGGCAUGCUCUGGAGCUAGCACACCUAAAGUCUUUUGUGCAAAGCUUGCCUGAAGGAUUGUCCUACCCAGUGAGUGAAGCAGGAGAGAAUCUCAGUGUGGGGCAGAGGCAGCUUUUGUGUCUGGCACGGGCCCUCCUCCGUAAAUCUAAAAUCCUGAUUCUGGAUGAAGCAACAGCAGCAGUGGAUAUGGAAACUGAUCACCUGAUCCAACAGACAAUCCGAAGCGAGUUUGCCGAUUGCACUGUGCUCACCAUUGCCCAUCGGUUACACACCAUCAUGGACAGCCACAGGGUGAUGGUUCUCCAAUCAGGAAGAAUUGUGGAAUUUGACAGCCCUCAGACGCUGCUUCAACAGCAAAGCAUAUUUGCAGGAAUGGCAAAGGACGCUGGCAUUCUGGGCACUUUGAACACUGCACUGUAGAGCAGGAGGAAGAAGGCUGGUGCCCCUGUGUUGCUGGAAUCUUGUUGCAGCUAUUCUGGACCUGCCAUUAAUCCAUGUGACUUAUCUAUGCUGGCAAUGCCACUGUGCACCUCUAGAGACGCUCCCCUGCUAGAGUAUAACACCUGCCUUGUUAUACUCCUAGCUCUGCACCCAAAGUGUUGCCUGCAAGCCCAACCUGGUUCUGCUUGAAGGGAUACAGUUUUACUCUCAUUCCUACCCCAGUAAGUGAGUCCGAUCAGGGUGUGCUCUAGCCCCUCUUGCAGCUCCUCUGGUUCAGGAUCCACAUCACAUGUUCCUAAAUCACCUGAAAAUAUGUAUUUUUUACAGUGUCUAUUUCUCUGUGACAGGAGAAGAUGAAACAACCAGACAUUGCAUCUCUGCUGCUCUGUGAUAUACACAAUAAUCUAGCCCAGGGGUCUCCAAACUAUGGCCUGCGGGCCACAUCCAGCCCACCUUGUCUUUUUAUCCAGUGCAGGAGUGCGCAUGUGCACGUCUUCCUUCGGCCCUUGAAAAUGUGAAGCAAACAUGAUGUGGCCCUCCCGCUGCUACCCCACCCCUAACAUUCAUCUGGGUGAUAACUGAAAAGGCUGGGUUUAAAUACUACACAAGAACUGAAUAUCACUUUCUGCACUGAAAAACACUGUAAAAUUUUAAAUUAAUAAAUAUUUAGGGGACCCUGUCCAGAGCAAUACCCCUCUUCAUACCUUUUUUUUA